AUGGUUGGAGGAGGAGUUAUCCAGCAGCUUCUAAGGAGGAAACUUCACUCCCAAUCAGUGGCAACUCCGGUGUUGUCAUGGUUGUCUUCGAAGAAAGCUAAUGACGAGGCUGGGUCUGCUGGUUUUAGAGCAUUUGCUCUCCUGGGUGCUGGUGUUACAGGGUUGUUGAGUUUCUCUACAGUAGCAUCCGCUGAUGAAGCUGAACACGGCUUGGAGUCUCCACACUACCCUUGGCCUCAUGAUGGCAUUCUCAGCUCAUACGACCAUGCUUCGAUCCGUCGUGGUCACCAAGUUUACCAGCAAGUCUGUGCAUCUUGCCACUCGAUGUCUCUGAUCUCAUACCGAGACUUGGUGGGUGUUGCCUACACAGAGGAAGAGGCGAAGGCAAUGGCAGCUGAAAUCGAGGUUGUUGAUGGACCAAACGAUGAGGGUGAGAUGUUCACUCGACCCGGUAAGCUCAGUGACCGGCUUCCUGAACCAUACUCGAAUGAGUCAGCUGCAAGGUUCGCCAAUGGAGGAGCGUAUCCACCUGAUCUAAGUCUUAUUACUAAGGCACGUCACAAUGGCCAGAAUUACGUCUUUGCUCUUUUGACUGGUUACCGUGAUCCUCCUGCUGGAAUCUCGAUCAGAGAGGGGUUACACUACAAUCCUUAUUUCCCUGGGGGAGCAAUCGCUAUGCCAAAGAUGCUUAAUGAUGAAGCUGUGGAAUAUGAAGAUGGAACUCUUGCAACAGAAGCACAGAUGGGUAAAGAUGUUGUAUCAUUCUUGUCCUGGGCAGCUGAACCAGAAAUGGAAGAGAGGAAAUUGAUGGGUUUCAAGUGGAUCUUCUUACUCUCGUUGGCUCUGCUUCAAGCUGCAUAUUACAGGAGACUGAGAUGGUCUGUUCUCAAAUCCCGUAAGCUGGUUCUCGACGUUGUGAACUAA